AUGUCUUUCAACAUGGCUCAGUUUGAAGUCAUAAUGAUUGGCCUCCUUUUCACAAGUUUGACCUCGACUGUCGCUCAGCAGCCUGCCUGCAGUGAGUCCUCUAUUGCGGAUCUCGUAUUCCUGGUGGAUGGAUCAUGGAGUAUCGGGAUCCAGAACUUCAAAACGAUUCAAGAGUUUCUCUACACCCUUGUGAAUGGAUUUGAUGUUGGGCUGGACAAAGUUCGGAUAGGCCUCAUCCAGUACAGUGGAACUCCUCGCACUGAGUUUUUCUUGAAUUCCUAUAGUGAUAAGAAUGAGAUUCUGCAGUAUCUACAGCAGCUGCCAUACAAAGGAGGAGGAACAAGAACUGGGCUGGGCCUGAAGUUCAUGCUGAACAAACACUUUGUGGAGUCAGCGGGCAGCAGGGCAUCGAUGGGAGUACCGCAAGUGGCCAUUGUAAUCACUGAUGGGCAAUCCCAGGAUAGUGUUGGACCACCAGCAAAAGCGCUGCGGGACCGAGGGGUCACCGUCUAUGCCAUUGGCAUCAAAGAUGCUGUGGAGAAAGAGCUGGAGGAAAUCGCCAGUAAGCCAGCUAGCAACUACGUGUACAACGUGGCAGACUUUGCAGCCCUAAGGGGAAUUUCACAGGCUGUCAUCCAAUUCGUUUGUACCAGGGUGGAAGAGGUGACUCGUAAUUUAUCUCAGGUCUCACAAGUUUCCCCAGCUUGUAGAAAAGCCACACUUGCUGAUAUCGUUCUUGUGGUGGAUGGUUCAACCAGUGUAAGUGAUGAGAAUUUCGAAGAAGUGAGGGAGUUUCUGAGCACCUUCGUUAAUGGCCUAGAUAUUGCAGAAAACAAAGUAAGGAUUGGACUGGUUCAGUACAGUGACGAUCCAAAGACAGAAUUCCUGCUGAAUCAAUAUCCAUCCAAGAGUGACGUUCUGAACUACCUACAGAGGUUGCAACAGAAGAGAGGCCGGACUGAUACUAGAAGGACUCUGGAGUUCCUGCAGAACCAACACUUUGUUCCUGCAGCAGGGAGCAGGGCAGCAGAAAAUGUGCAGCAGAUUGUCAUCCUGAUCACCGACGGUGACUCCAUCACUGAGGUGGACGAUGCUGCCAACAGACUGAGAAAUAGCGGAGUCACGAUUUAUGUCAUCGGAAUUAAUAUCCAAGGAAAGAAGGAAUUUCAAGAUAUUUCCAGCAGACCAGUUCGGAGAUAUGCUUAUCAUGUUGCAAACUUUCUUGGAAUGAAAGAAAUUUCAAAUAAAAUCUUAGAGUCUGUGUGCAAGACAGUUGAAGCCCACAUCCAAGCCUUUGCAGUGAAUUAUGCUGACAUCGUUUUUCUAGUCGAUGGUUCUCAGAACAUGGGAGCUGCAGGAUUUCAGCAGAUCAGAAGCUUUAUCUUCAGAAUUGUUACUCAGCUUGAUGUUGGGGCAGAUAAGUACCGAAUUGGUCUUGCCCAGUAUGACAAUAAUGCAAGAACUGAGUUCUUAUUGAAUACCUACAUAACAAAGAUUCAAGUGGCAAAUUACAUCAGGAGUGACCGCAGCUUUGCAUUUCAGGGAGGACCAGGGUUAGCGAUGGGUCGUGCCAUUGACUUCCUGCGCAGGACGUUUUUCAGAGAGUCUGCUGGAAGUCGGAAAGGGGAAGGCGUUCCUCAGAUAGUGAUCAUGAUUACUUCAGCCUCUUCACAGGAUGACAUUACUGUACCUGCCAGAGCCUUAAAGAAGGAAGGCGUGAAAGUUAUCUCCGUUGGUGUCAGACGGUCUGUCUUGAUCGAUCUCCAGCGUGUGGCUUUUCAGCCUAAUUUUCCAUUUGUUUUCCAGAUUAGUGCUUUGGAUGCAGUGAUUCAGUCAUCUGAUAAAAUAUCCAAUGCAAUCAGACAGUUAGUACGAAGAGAGUUUCGAUACAGAGAAACGAGAAGACCACCAGUGUGUCAGUCUGCUACAGUUGCAGAUAUUGUUUUCUUGGUCGAUCAAUCGGACAGCAUCGGGGCUGUAAACUUCCAAUUGCUUCGCGUUUUCCUGCACAACAUGAUCAAUGCGCUGGAAGUGGAGGCUGAAAGUGUCCACAUUGGUUUAGCUCAGUACAGCACCAUUGCAUCGGAAGAUUUCAAUCUCAAAAUGUACCGCAGAAAAUCUGACAUCCUGGACCACAUCAAAUCGAUACGCUACAGCGGAGGCGGCAGGAACACGGGCAUCGCUAUUGAUUUUGUGCGGAAGAAUUACUUCGCGGAGCAGGCAGGCAGUCGUGCUCGGAAAGGAAUUCCUCAGAUCCUGAUAGUCAUCACCAGUGGAGAAUCCCAGGAUACGGUCAAGGACAAUGCAGCUACUCUGCGCCGUUUGGGCAUUACUGUGUAUGCCUUAGGAAUCCAAAAUGCCACUGAGAGCGAGCUGAAGAAAAUUGCGUCACAUCCUUCAAAGACUUACGUUUCUAUGGUCCAGGACUUCACGCAGCUGUCAACCAUUGAAGAGGUGCUUCAGAAGAAGAUUUGUAAUGAGAUCAUCGAACAAACUGCAGUCCAGUCUGUCCAAAUAGAAAGGCUCAAACAAGGCUGUGCCGAAACAGAAGAAGCUGAUAUCUUUUUCCUAGUUGAUGGAUCUGACAGUAUAUUCCCUGAGAAACUCAUGGAUAUGAAAAGGUUCCUGGUAGAUGUAGUGAAUGUAUUCAGCAUCGGUGCAGACAAGGUUCGUGUGGGAGUUGUCCAGUAUGCAGAUAGUCCACGAAUUGAAUUCGGUAUCACUCAGUACACCCGCCAAUCAGAUUUGGAAAGAGCAAUUAAGCAAAUCUUUCAAAUGGGAGGAAGCACGGCAACUGGCCAGGCAUUAACCUACAUGAAGAAUCUCUUCAGUGAUGCCGUGAGAAGUCGUAGAGAGAGGGUGCGACAUAUCCUGAUCAUUAUCACAAGUGGACAAUCAGAUGAUCCUGUGAGAAGCCCUGCUGCAGAGCUGAGGAGACAGGGAGUAGAUAUUUAUGCAAUAGGAGUGGGAAAUGCAGAUGAAUCUGAACUUCUGCAAAUUGGAGGAAUCAAAGGAAGAAUUUUUUAUGUCACCAACUUUGAUGCUUUGAAAGAUGUGAAGAAUAACAUUUUAUGGGACCUCUGUUCUGAAGGAGCCUGCAGGAAGCUGGACAUAGCUGACAUCAUCUUCGUAAUUGAUGGAUCAGGAAGCAUAUACCCUGAGGAUUUCAGGAAAAUGAAGACAUUUAUGAAUGCCAUUGUGAACAAGACCUUUACUGAAGCAGACAAUGUGCAUAUAGGUCUGAUACAGUUUGCCUCCAGUCCCAAGCUAGAGUUUGAACUUAGUGUACAUUCAGUGAAAGCUGAUCUACUUGCAGCGAUUAAUGACAUGCAGCAGCUGGGAGGGGGCACUCUCACAGGUGAUGCACUGAGAUUUGCAGUGGACUAUUUUGAUGAAGCUAAAGGAGGUCGCCCUGAUGUUCCUCAGUACCUCAUAGUGAUAACUGAUGGAGAGGCUCAGGAUGAGGUCCUUCAACCUGCCAAAGCCAUAAGGAAUAAAGGUGUCACCGUGUUUGCUGUGGGCAUAUUCAAUGCUAACAGCACGCAGCUUCUGGAAAUUGGAGGAGCUUGGGAUAAAGUUCACUAUGUGGAAAACUUUGAUCUGCUGGAUACUCCAGAAAAACAGGUCCUCUGGGAGAUCUGCAGCCAGCCUGAAGUCUGCUUGAGAACUGAAGCAGCAGAUAUUCUUUUUGUGGUCGAUGGAUCAGGCGACAUACAGCCAUACGAUUUUGAGACGAUGAAAAGAUUCAUGAUGACAUUGGUGAAUAGUUCAGAUGUGUCCCCCAGCAAGGUUCAGUUUGGCGCCAUACUCUACAAUAACGACCCUGACGUUCAAUUCCGGCUCAGCCAGUUCGGGAGCAAAAACGAGGUCCGCCAGGCGAUUAAUCGAAUGCAAAUGAAAGAAGGACCCAGCUUCACUGCGCGUGCUCUUCAACAGGCCAAAGAACUUUUAGCCCUCGAGAAAGGAAGUCGGCAGACGGUUGGGGUUUCGCAGUUUGUCGUCGUGAUUACUGAUGAAGAAGCCGCGGAUUCAUCAGAGGUACCAGGGGCAGCGGAGGACAUCAGAGAGGAUGGAGUGACUGUCCUUGCUGUGGGGGUAGCAGGAGCCAAUGAAAGAGAGCUCGAGGCCAUCGGAGGCUCGAGGGAAAACUACCUUUAUGUUCAAGACUUUGACGCCUUGAAAAACAUAGUGAGGGAUUUCUCACAGCUGGUUUGUACAAACACAAAUCCAGUCUGUGAUCUUCAACGAGCAGACAUUGUCUUUCUAGUCGAUGGAUCUGAGAGCAUAAUUGCUGAAGAUUUCAGCUACAUUAAAUCUUUCAUGAAAAACAUGGUUAGCUUUUUCAGUAUUGUCCCCUGUAUGUGCCAGUUUGGUCUGGCUCAAUUCAGUACAUCGUUUCAAAAAGAAUUUGACCUGAAGGAUUUCCCAGACAGAAAGAUGUUGAUGACUGAGAUUGAAAAAAUGGUUCAAUUGAAUCAAGGCACUCAAAUUGGAUCAGCGCUGAUGCAAGCGACCAGGCUGUUCACGAGAGAGGCAGGUAGUCGGAAAGCUUUGAACGUGCCCCAGUUCCUGAUCGUGAUCACUGAUGGGAGGUCGAAAGAGAAUGUGAUAGGCCCAGCUGAUAACCUGAGGGGCAACGGGAUUCAAAUUUUGUCCGUAGGGGUAGGGCAGGCAGAUCUGAAACAGCUUCUCCAAAUCUCCGGAUCACGGGACAAGAUCUAUUUUGUUGACAGUUUUCGAGAUUUGGGCAAGAUUAAACAAAGGAUUGCCCGCAGUCUUUGUAAGGAUCAGCCAGUUCCAGGAUGUACCAUUGAUGUUGCUGUGGGAGUUGACCUCCCUAGUCAAGCACGCUUCUCAAAUACAGCCCGCAGCCAGCUGAACCUGCAGAUGCAGUACCUGGACAGCCUAAUCCAACGAAUGACGGACUUACAGAACAUCAGCUGCAUAGCAGGUUACAGUCUCAAUGUCAGGGCGGGAUUUCACAUCACUGACAGAGUUGGAAGGACACGCUUUGACUCCAAUUUCGAAAGCUAUAAUUUAGAUGUCUUGGGAAAGGCAAGAUCAUUUCUGCUGUCAGCGAUGGACCAGAUCAGUUUGACUGCUGAUUAUUUGCUGUCGUUUGCAAGCAAAUUUGAGCAGGAGUCGGGCAAAAAUGUGAAGAUGAUAGUGAUGUUUACGAACGGAAUAGCGGAUAGCAUGAAUAGACUCAAGGAAGCAUCAAACAGACUCCGGCUUAAUGGUGUCAAUGCCCUAAUCACAGUUGCAAUGGAAAACACUGUCGACGUUGAUGAGCUUCAUGAACUGGAGUUUGGCAGAGGAUUUGGCUACAAACGCCGACUGGCCAUUGGAAUGCGUGAUAUUGGGGAUGCAUUGCGCACUGAGAUUGACACAAUUGCAGAAAGAGAAUGCUGUGAUAUAAUUUGCAAGUGUUUAGGACAACCGGGUAAACAUGGACAACAAGGAGAGCAAGGAGUUAAAGGCAUCCUAGGACCACCAGGAACAUUGGGUUAUGCAGGUGAAGAUGGAGGUAUGGGUGAUAGGGGUCCUCCAGGCAUUACAGGACCUCGAGGAAUUGAAGGAUGUCAAGGCAGCAGGGGCUUCAUGGGAGAAAGAGGCUAUCGAGGAGAGAAGGGGGAGUCUGGAAUCCAUGGAGUUGCUGGGCCAAAAGGGGAUAAUGGAAAUACUGGAAUUAAAGGCCCAACCGGAUACAGAGGUGAGCGUGGAGAUGUUGGAAUACCAGGUGACCCUGGUACCCCUGGUCGAGAUAAUUAUGUCAGAGGAUAUCCAGGUCAAAGAGGAGAUCCAGGUGUACCGGGCGAACGUGGAAGAAGUGGCACACUAGGCUUCCGUGGUAGUAAAGGAAAUAAUGGUGUCAGGGGACCUUCUGGUUACCCAGGAUCCAUUGGGCCCUCUGGACUCCAUGGCCAACAGGGAUCUGCAGGAACUGUUGGAUUGAAAGGAGUAAAAGGAGAGCAAGGAUUACCAGGGAUUCCGGGUACACCCGGAUUGCUUGGCUUCAGGGGUGCCAAAGGCAGCCAAGGGCUCCAAGGGCGAAGGGGAGUAGAUGGUCCUUCUGGAAUCGAGGGCAGAAAAGGACCCAAAGGAAUAAGAGGACGCAGGGGCGACUCUGGCCUUUCUGGUGAUCGAGGAAACCCAGGAGAAGGAGGAUUUCCAGGAGUAAGGGGUUUCAAAGGGCCACCAGGGAUCCUACCUAUGAAACCAUGUGAACUUGUGUCAUAUGUUAGAGAAAAAUGUUCCUGUUGUUCAUCAGGAGGAAUGGAAUGUCCUGUAUAUCCAACUGAGCUGGUGUUCGCUGUGGACAUGUCCUCAGAUAUCACACCAACCAUAUUUAAUCGAAUGAAGACAAUAGUCAUUAACUUUGUGCAGGAUCUUAAAAUCACUGAAAGUAACUGUCCAACGGGAGCCCGUGUGGCGAUCCUUACUUACAGUUCCUCGGCAAAAACAUUCAUCCGAUUUUCAGACUUCAGAAGCAAGCAAAAACUUCUCGAAGGGCUACAGAAUUUAGCUUUCGAGAGAUCGAGCAGCAGGCGGAAUGUAGGGACUGCAAUGAGGUUUGCUGCAAAAAAUACUUUCAAGCGUGUUCGCAGUGGUGUUCUUGGCAGGAAGGUGGCAGUAUUUAUUACUAACGGCUCAUCGCGUGAAAUCUCAGAGGUGGCGACUGCUGCCCUGGAGUUCAGUGCCUUGGAUAUCACUCCAGUUGUCAUUUCUUUUGGUAAUGUCCCUGAAAUUCAACGUGCCUUUGAGGUUGACGAUACAAGAAUGUUUCAAGUGGUUGUAUUGUCAAGACAACAGCAAGAAGCACAAGAACAGUUACGCAAAAUCCGGUUAUGUACUUUCUGUUUUGAUAGGUGUGAACCAAAUACCCAGUGUCAACAGGCCAUCUCUCCACCUCCAAUCCCCAUUCAGAUGGACAUUGCUUUUAUUGUUGACAGCUCACGCAAUCUGAGAAUGAUGGACUUUGAGAGAAUAAAGGACUUCGUCAGCUCAAUGCUCGACACUUUUAUGAUCUCAAGAAACCCAAAGACUUUGGAUAAUCGUGCUAGGGUAGCCCUUGUCCAGUAUUCACCAGCAGGUUACCUGCCCAGAACUGGCCAGAUGCCAGUCAAACUGGAGUUUGGAUUCUUGAGCUAUGGCACCAAAAGCAUGAUGAAGAGAUAUAUCGAGAAUUCAUUUAAUAAGUUAGAAGGUUCUUCAUGGACUGGCCAUGCCAUUGAAUGGACGCUCAAUAACAUUUUCUUAAGCGCUCCAAAUCCACGACGACAUAAGGUGAUAUUUUUAAUACUUGCAGGAGAAACCAAUGCCUUUGAUAUAGAGAAGCUAAGGGCUGUGUCAUUACAAGCUAAGUGUAGAGGUUUUGUGAUCUUCGCAUUCUUCCUUGGAAAGGAUGCCCCUAGAACUAAUCUGCAGGAGCUUGUUAGUGCUCCUUCUGAUCAACAUUUAAUUCACCUGGAUCCUCUGUUGAAUCAUGAAAUGAUAUACGUCCAGAAGUUUGUACGAGCCUUUCUGAAAAGUCUCACACUUAGAAUCAACAGAUACCCAUAUCCAGCUUUACAGAGAGAAUGUCAGAGAGCAGCACUAGUUCGGUUUAGGCCGGAAGUAACUCCACAACCUUUAGAAGGAGCUGCAAGUGUAGGGGGACCAGAAACCAUACAACCUGUAGAGGAGGAAGAAUUUGAAGAAGGGAUAGAAUUCCCAGGAGGAGCAGAAGCUGAGAGUACAACAGACAUGAUUUAUGACAUGUGCUCGCUUGAUCGAGAUGGAGGGAUCUGUCAGAAUUAUGCCGUGAAAUGGUACUUUGACCAAGAGCAGCAGGGCUGUCGACAGUUCUGGUACGGCGGAUGUGGAGGAAACAAGAAUCGGUUCGACACCCUGGAAGAAUGUGAAGCCUCAUGCCCCAGAUCACGCUAGGAAAUGCCACAGGACUGAUCUUCAACAAGAAUCAGGUUUUGAAAAUAAAUAUCUGGGAGAUUACUUCAUCAUAAUGAAUAAACCCAAGAGCUCUGCGGACCUGGCCAGUGUAUUUGAAUUGUGCAAACAUCUUAUUUACAACUCGGCCUUUGGUAGAGGUUUGGCUCACCUGAGUUGCAGAGUGAUAAGUCAGCCAGGAAUUUCCAGACAACGAUAACAAAGUACCUUUUGUUAAAUGCCUGUUUGCUUAGAGCUUUGGUGAAGAAAGAAACCUAUUUGGCUGUAAAAUCUUCUGUAUUGUAAUAGCCCAUUAUACUUACACUUGAAGUUCAAACAUGAAUAGUGGAUAUGGGGUCAUUGCCCAGAAAGUUCAGGAAAGGUGGGUGGGGGGAAAUCAGGUGAAGAUGUU